AUGACGUCUGAGGAGCUUGUAUCGUUUUCGAAUGCCACGACAAUAACAAAACUUGGUCCCAACGUGUACGGAGCCAACUUGGUGCCUAGUUGGUGCACUGGCUCAGUUCCAAAUGGUGGCUAUGUUGCAUCAGUAAUUCUUCGCGCGGCAUCACUGCACCUCACAGCGCGGGGCCAACCUAACUCAAUCUCAGCGCAUUUCGAGUACGUCAACCGCACCGAAAUCGGACCUGCGAUUCUCAUCGUCGAUGAAGUCAAACCCGGCCGCAACCUUUCAACCCUGCACGUCUCGCUCUAUCAACAUGACCUCCAAUCCUCAGCUCCCUGGUUCACGGCAUCUUCCAGAAAAGAGGUCGUCGCCUACUUGAUCAACACGCGCUUGACUCUCGAAAAGGGCCUCACGCUAGAGAGCGGUUGGGCGAUGACUCCGCCAGCCAAACCUGUCGACUUUGGCCUCCUUAGUCAGGACAGGGACCCUCACUGGGUGCGAAAGCUCAAGCUGAACGCUCGCGCGACGUCUUACGCCCGCGCUCAUAACAGCCUGGAGUACUACGUCCCGCGCGGAGACACUCGACGUGGCAUCGUAGAUCUCUGGCUACGCCUCAAGGAAGGCCAGAGGUUCACAAACGCUUCACUCGGCUAUGUCGUGGACGCAUACCCGACGGUUAUAGAGGCCUGGAGACCGAAGCGUGAUGAAGAGCAGACACCUUUUCGAUCCAAUGAAAUGUUUUGGUAUCCGACGCUUGCUCUGAACUUGGACGUGAAGAAGGCUUUACCUGAGGACGGAGCGGAAUGGCUCUUCCUUCGGACAAUGGCAAAGGUUAUUCGAAACGGCAGACUAGAUCUUGAGGUCAUUGUUCUAGAUCAGGGUGGGGAUGUCGUUGCCCUUAGUACACAUGUAAACAUGGUCUUGCCUGCCGAAAGAAACUUGAAGGAGAGGAAUCAUUCGAAAGCAAAGAUAUAG